AUGGUUAAAUGGUGGGAUAAUUUCAAGAUUCCACGCAUUGUUGAAAUUGUUCAAACUGAGUUUCCAAUCAACAUUCAUGCCCCUACACCUGCCAUGAUUAAAGCUCAGCAGAACCCAACUGCUCCAUUAACACAAGGAAGCCAACUUCCUUCAGUCAAUCUUGGAAGCCCAACAUCCAGUUCUUCCAAGCCCAUGUCAUCCAAAUCAAAGAUUAAAUCCAAGUCAACAAAGCCCAGUACUGACCAACCCAAGUUAAAGAAUAAGUCCAAAUCAAAGGUUAAGCCCAAGUCCAAGUCAUCUAAAGAUGAGCUCCUCCAAAUGGCUCAUCUCCUCAUGGCCCAAGCCAAGUCAGACUUGGAUAACAGCAGUUCAUAUAGCGAUCCUGGUUCUUCUUUCUUUGAUUGUUUUAUCCGGACUUAG